UGUACCUCUCACUUGGCAGUGGCAGCCCUAGAUGGACGACCGCAGGCUAAUGGCUGAGUGGAGGUUUUCUCGUGGCGUUGAGAGCCAGACCAAAGCGUUCCUGGAUGGGUUUAACGAGGUGGUGCCACUGCAGUGGCUGCAGUACUUUGAUGAGAAGGAGCUGGAGGUGAUGUUGUGUGGCAUGCAGGAGGUGGAUCUGCAGGACUGGCAGAGGAACACAGUCUAUCGUCACUACACACGCAACAGCAAACAGAUCAUCUGGUUCUGGCAGUUGGUGAAGGAGGUGGAUAACGAGGUGCGUCUGCGUCUGAUGCAGUUUGUGACGGGCACCUGCAGACUUCCUCUGGGGGGCUUCGCUGAACUCAUGGGAAGCAACGGACCGCAGAAGUUCUGCAUUGAGAAGGUGGGCAAAGAGACCUGGCUGCCCCGGAGUCACACCUGCUUUAACCGGCUGGAUCUGCCCCCUACAAAAGCUACGAACAGCUGAAGGAGAAGCUGCUCUUUGCGAUCGAGGAGACGGAAGGAUUCGGUCAAGAGUAAUGAAAUGUCUCUUCUCUUUACGGCCAAGUAAAACAAAACCAUGAAACUUGCACAGAUGAUUACCAAUGUAAAUAAGCUAUUUUUUUCAUUUUAAACCAAAUCUUUAUCUUAAGACAUCAUUUAGCGAUCUUCAUAACAUGAUUCCCCAUGAAUAUGCAAGCGUUUGAGCUUUUCUGAUCUUUUCGAUACUGAUAUAUAUAUAUAUACACAACAACGCUUUAUUCAUUUGGUGGGUUUAAAAAAAAUAAACAAACAAAAACAUUAGAGAUGAUUUUAUAGUAGAGCUCCAAACUUCCAGCUCUAGUUUUAUAGAGCUUUUACAGAAUGAUUGUAGAGUUUGAUCAGGUGCCUGGGGUUUUCUUUGUGUCGUUGGACAUCAAGUUGUGAUAGUUAAGCGCUUGCAUGGCUGCCUGCAGACUGAGAGAUGAUUGACUCUGUGUCUCAUAUCAUUCAUCACGACUGGUUCGGACAGUAUUGCUGUUGUCCAUCAGUAUUGGUUCCUCCAGAGUCUCUGCAGAUGCUCAGAACGAUAGUUGUGCUCGAAGCACUUCACUAUUUCUGUGGCCUUUGUCUGUCAGAGGAGGAAAACUGUCCAUGAAUUUUUCAUAUUAAAAUAUAUGAGUUCUAACAAA